UGAACGCUUUUUUGUUUUUUAGCACCUUUAUUUUGUUGCUGCAGCAGUUAAAGAAGUUGUGAACUGGUGGUUAUUGUGCUUCCUGUGUGAGGUGCAGAUCAGCUUGCUGUGUUACGGAAAUUACUCAAACACAGUCCGGAGUCUCAGAACUCUUUAUUAUUUGGUCAUUUUAUGAAAAAUACAUUGAGGUUUGUGCUUUAGCUGGAUAUUCUCUGUGUCAAGAUGGACACGGUGUAUUUGUUUACAGUUGUUUUGUUUCUGGUCCCGUUUGGAUCAUCAUUGCCUGUUCAGGAUGAAAUGGACAUGACUGACCUCAAACCUGUCAGUCCAAUAGAAAGAUUUCAGGUUCGCUUUAACUGGCACAACAUUAGCUGCCCGUUAUGCAAAGCUAUUUUCACCGUGGUGGACAUUGCCCUAUUGAGUGACUCAAACAUGGAGCAUGUAGCUCGAGCUGUUGGCGAAGCUUGCAUCCGUUUGCACCUGGCAGAGGAAAACGUGUGCCGGGAAAUAACAGAACUCUUUCGUGACGACUUCAUCCGUGCCCUCCAAGAAUCUCUUCUCUGGCCCUCAGAGGCUUGCGCUUUUCUCUUGGGUCCCACUUGUGGCCAUUUUGAUGUCUAUGCUCCCUGGAACAUCACACUGCCCAAGGUCCCCAAACCACCGAUUGUUCCUCCAACGCCACCCAAACCUGGCUCACCUCAGACCAGAGUCCUCUUCCUGACAGACAUCCAUUGGGAUGCUGAGUACUCAGUGGGCAGCUUGGCUGAUUGCAAAGAACCAUUGUGCUGCAGAAAUAAGUCUGGUAAAGCCAACUGGCGGUGGCGUGGUGCCGGUUACUGGGGUACCUACAGCCAGUGUGACCUCCCGUUGCGUACAAUAGAAAACCUGCUGCAGAACGUAGCCAAGGCAGGUCCUUGGGACUGGGUCUACUGGACUGGAGACAUUCCAGCACACAAUGUCUGGUCCCAAACCAGGACACAGCAGCUACACGAACUCAUCACCAUCUCCAGGCUCAUUCGGAAGUACCUCGGUCCUAACGUUAGUGUGUUUCCAGCUGUGGGUAACCAUGAGAGCACACCAGUCAACAGCUUCCCUCCUCCGUUUGUGCACGGGAAUCGUUCAUCUCAAUGGCUGUAUGACACCAUGGCAGAAGAGUGGGCUCCCUGGCUGCCAGCCGAAGCUCUGGUGACACUGAGGCAUGGUGGGUUUUACACAGCCCAGGUACAGCCGGGUCUGAGAGUUGUGUCUCUGAAUAUGAACUUCUGCUCGAAGGAGAACUUUUGGCUGAUGGUGAACUCGACAGACCCAGCGAACCAGCUGCAGUGGCUUGUUCACAUUUUACAGGAGGCUGAGAGCAACAAAGAGAAGGUUCAUAUUAUUGGUCACAUUCCUCCUGGACUCUGUCUGAGCAGCUGGAGCUGGAACUACUAUCACAUCAUUAACAGGUAUGAGAGUACUAUAACGGGACAGUUUUUCGGACACACACACCUUGAUGAAUUUCAGAUGUUUUACGAUGAAGAGACCUUGACCCGGCCAUUGGGUGUGGCUUAUAUUGCCCCAAGCGUAACCACUUAUGUUAACCUGAAUCCAGGAUAUCGUGUCUAUUACGUUGAUGGUAACUACCCCAACAGCAGUCAUCUAGUCUUGGAUCAUGAGACCUUUAUCCUGAACCUGACUUUGGCCAACGGUUAUCUCGAUGGCUCAUCAUGGCUCUCCAAACCUGAUCCAGACCCUGCGUGGACGCUGCUGUACCGUGCCUCUCAGGCCUACGGCGUGCCCACUGUUUUUCCCUCUGACAUGGACGCUCUGACCAGAGCCUUCCUUACCGACGAUAACGUGUUCCAGCAGUUUUGGUACUUACGGCACAAAGGCCAUGUGUCGGAGGUUUGCAAGGAUGUGUGUAAGAGCACGAAUAUCUGCUUUCUGCGCAGUGCCCGCCAAGACCUUUUGCAGCAGUGCGAUGCCCUGUACGUAAGCAGGGGGAUAAAAGGACGUUCUGUCAGGAAAACACUGUGCUGAUCAGUGAAGCUCCAACUUUGUGAUUGAGUCCCCAUAAGCGAUUUUGCUAAAUGAAACACCCUUAAAUGAUCUUUAGAAACCAAAGAAUCUUAAAGAAUUUCUAGAGUGUGUUGUUAAAAAGAUUGUAAAAAGAUGUUCUGUAUAUUGCGUUCAUUUGCCUUUUUUUGUUAAUUUUGUUAAUGAUUUGCACUGCUCAGUUUGAUUAAAUUGCUUGGUAAUGAAGUAAGCCAAGUAUCUGCAAGAUUUUUUUUCAGCUGCUCCCAUGUCCCAUCAUGUCUGUGUAGAUGCCCAGCCGAUAGGACCACUGAGUUUCGAAAGUGUCUUAUUCAGUGUCUUAGUUAAGUCGUAAUAAUCGAAAAACAAUCUGUAUAAACACACUGAUUCAUCGUUUCCACUUCAAGCUGGAACAAGGUGUGGGUAAUAUUUCCUGGAGCUGCUAUGAAGAUUUUAACUCAUUAUUUGAUUUCUUGGAUUGAGAGCUUGCUUUACUUCUUGCCACAGCAUGCACAUUGGAUUACAGCCUCGACUCUAAUUUGGCUAUUCGAACAACACAAAUUUUCUUCCUGUUGUGGUCUCACCCUCAAGGUGCCACAAAAAAGAGAUCACUGGCAACACUUCUGCUAAUGAAUGUAGAAACAGCAGCUGAAAACACACAACAUAAAAGUAUUAAUUAUUCAAAUCCUAGUCUAGUUCUGUAUCAUACGACCUUUAAGCCCAACCAAACUUGAUACAAUUUAUUAAGCCUAACAGUUAUUAUGAUGGCUCUUUGUGGUUUUCAAAAACUUAACCCAGACCCAGUGUGGUUGCUAGUGUGUCGAUGUAAACCCUGCCUCCCCAUUUUCCUUAAUUUUUGUAACUUUGUCACAAUACAUGCUCUAAUAUAGUUACAGACGUAUUCAAACUACCCCAACAAAAUAAGGAGGUAUACAUCUAAACUUUUCUACAUGGCUGGAUUUUAAUAUAAGUAUAUAUCAGUUGAAUGCUACAGCAAGUGAACAAAGAAAAUGAACAAUGUAGUAAUUUAUAGUAGCAGGUAAUUUUGUUAAUGUUGCCAUGUCACAAUUAUUCAACCCCUACAAAACAUUGUAUGACCUAAACUUGGGUUACAACUUGAUUAAACCAUUGGAAAUGAAUAAAAAACUUUUAAUUUGCUUCAGCUGUAAUGUGUUAUAUAAAUGCCAGAAACUAAGGAGCUGCUCACAAAAGCUCUAAGAAGAGAUCAUUUAAUUAAACUAAAGGACCAUUGGUAUAAGAAGAAUGAACUGUAACAGUGUAUUUUUAUGGGUUUUUUUGGCUGUCUUUUGCAUGAUUAAUUUAGAAAAAUAAAUAAAAUUUUAUAAAUUUGUAAAAAAUAUAACAAAUUAAGAAAGACUAAAUACAUUAUCACAGCAAUGUAGAGCUAUUGUGGACUAAAUCUACCUGGGAGUGGUUCCUGGCAUUCUAAAACAUUCCAGCUGUAUCAGAAGCUAAUGGGAACACUGAUAGAUCCGAACAAUGAGUGGAAUGUUUUUAUAAUUUUUACAUCAGUAUAUUGGGGAAGGGCAUUUUGAGCAUAUCUGAAUUUAUAUAUUUAUACAGUAUAUUGUGAUAUACGUUGUGAUUGUCCAAGUACUUUUUUCCAUAUUAAUUAUUGACCAACCAAGCAAGCACGCACCACUUCAGGUCAUGCAGCAGUAUCUCUGUUGGGGUAUGGUCUGGCAGUCUCUUGUUGCAACAUCCAUGCCCUGCUUAGAUUUAGGUAUUGGAAAAUUAUCUUGACAUGUGGAAGUGGUAGCUUAGUGCUUAAGAUACUGGACUAGUAAUCAAAAGGUUGCUGGUUCAAGCCCCACUACUGCCAAGCUGCCACUGUUGGGCCCCUGAGCAAAGCUCUUAACCCUCAGUUGCUUCAAUUGUAUCAGUCAUAAUUGUAAGUUGCUUUGAAUAAAAGCAUCUGUUAACUGUGGCAAAUGCAAAUCUUGACGUUCUAUUAAAAUUUAUAAAUAAACGACUUUUAAUUGAA